AUGUCUUCAGCCCAACAGCGUCUCAACCAGGUUUCCUCCCACUUCGGUGGCAAGAAGGGAGCGGCCGCCCUCACCGAGAAGCACCCCGAUGAUAUCGUCGUGACCUGCGCCCUCCGCACUGCCCUCACCAAGGGUGGCAAGGGUGGCUUCAAGGACACCGCCGCCGCCGACCUGCUGGCCGGUGUCUUCAAGGCUGUCAUCGACAAGAGUGGCAUCGAUCCCAAGGCCGUCGACGAUGUUGCCGUUGGCUCCGUCCUCGCUCCCGGUGGUGGCGCGACCGAGUUCCGCGCCGCUGCUCUCGUGGCUGGUUUCCCCGAGACUACUGCCGUGAAGAGUCUGAACCGCCAGUGCUCCAGCGGCCUACAGGCAAUUGUAGAUAUUGCCAAUGCCCUAAAGUCCGGCAUGAUCGAUGUCGGCAUCGGUGCCGGAGUUGAGAGCAUGUCCUCUCAGUAUGGGCCGGGCGCCGUGACCGAGUUCUCGGACCUGCUCGAGAACCACAUGGAGGCUGCCAACUGCAAGGUGCCUAUGGGUGUCUUGUCAGAGAACAUGGCCAAGGACCGCAACAUCACCCGUGCAUCGCAGGACGCUUUUGCGGCGGCUUCGUACCAGAAGGCCGUCAAGGCCCAGAAGGCCGGCCUUUUCAACGAGGAGAUUGCCCCGCUCGAGGUCAAGUGGACCGACCCCAAGUCCGGUGAGGAGAAGACCAUCACCGUCAAGGCCGACGACGGUAUCCGCGAGGGUAUCACUGCCGAGUCGCUGGGCAAGAUCCGCCCUGCGUUCGCCAAGGAUGGCUCCAUCCACGCCGGUAACGCCUCCCAGAUCUCCGACGGUGCCGCCGCCGUCCUGCUCAUGAAGCGGUCCACCGCCGAACGCCUGGGCCAGAAGAUCAUUGGCAAGUACGUCGCUGCGAGCGUCGUGGGCGUCAAGCCCCUACUUAUGGGUGUUGGUCCUUGGGCGGCUAUCCCCAUCGCCCUGGAGAAGGCCGGCAUCACUAAGGAGGAUGUCGAUAUCUACGAGAUCAACGAGGCCUUUGCGUCGCAGUGUGUGUGGUGUGCAAACGAGCUCGGCCUACCCCAGGAGAAGAUCAACCCCAAGGGCGGAGCCAUUGCCUUCGGGCACCCGCUUGGCUGCACUGGUUCCCGGCAGGUGAGCACGCUUCUGACCGAGCUCAGCCGGACGAGCAAGAAGAUCGGCGUGACCAGCAUGUGUGUCGGUACCGGCAUGGGUAUGGCCGCCGUCUGGGUUGCCGAGUAA